AUUACGUCAUUACGUAAGGGAAUCGGAAGCUUGCGCUUGUCCACAGCUACACUUCUGUUGGUUAGCCAGUUAGCUGUUAGCUAGCUGUCUUAGUUUGGAUUUUGCUUUAAGAACCGAUCCGUUCUCCAGAGGAAUCCCGAUCUGUGAUCAAAAUGGGGAAGCGACAACACCAGAAAGAUAAAAUGUACAUCACGUGUACUGAGUACACGCAUUUCUACGGUGGGAAAAAAACAGUAAUCCCCCAGGCUAAUUUCAGACGGCUCCCGUUCGACCACUGCAGCCUGUCGCUCCAGCCCUUUGAGUACCCCAUGUGCACCCCUGAAGGAGUGGUGUUCGACUUACUGAGCAUCGUCCCCUGGAUAAAGAAGUUUGGCACAAACCCCAUUUCUGGAGAGAAGCUGGAGUCGAAGGCCCUGAUCAAGCUGAACUUCAGUAAGAACAGUGAAGGGAAAUAUCACUGCCCUGUCCUGUACACCGUCUUCACCAACAACUCCCACAUCAUCACCAACAGACUCACAGGAAACGUGUACUCCAAUGAGGCUGUGGAGCAGCUGAACAUCAAAACUAAGAGCUACAGAGACCUGCUGACUGAUGAACCCUUCAGCAGACAAGACCUCAUCACCCUGCAGGACCCGACGAACCUGGACAAGUUCAACGUCUCCAACUUCUUCCACGUGAAAAACAAUCUGAAGGUGGUGGAUCCAGACGAGGAGAAGGCCAUGCAGGACCCCUCGUACCACCUGAGGACCACCAACCUGGAGACCCAGGAGACCCUGGCAGAGCUGUACCGAGACUACAAGGGCGACGAGCUGCUGGCCUCCACCAUGAAAGAGCCCGAGAAGAAGAAGACCGACAAACUCAAUGCUGCUCAUUACUCCACUGGCAGAGUUUCAGCCUCCUUCACCUCCACAGCCAUGGCCCCUGAAACCACCCACCAUGCAGACGCCAUUGCCGACGACACCGUGCGCUACCAGUACGUGAAGAAGAAGGGCUACGUGCGCCUGCACACCAACAAGGGAGACCUGAACCUGGAGCUCUACUGCGACAAGGUCCCCAAAGCUGGUGAAAACUUUGUUCGGCUCUGCAAGAAAGGUUACUACAACGACACCAUCUUUCAUCGGUCCAUCCGGAACUUCAUGAUUCAAGGAGGGGACCCUACUGGAACUGGCACAGGGGGAGAGUCGUUCUGGGGGAGGCCCUUUAAGGACGAGUUUCGGCCCAACCUGUCUCACACGGGGCGAGGCGUCCUCAGCAUGGCCAACUCCGGCCCCAACACCAACAAGUCCCAGUUCUUCAUCACGUUUCGCUCGUGUGCCUACCUGGACAGGAAGCACGCGAUAUUCGGCAGAGUAGUGGGCGGGUUCGAGGCCCUCACUGCCAUGGAGAACGUCGAGAGCGACCCCAAAACCGACCGACCCAAGUCGGAGAUUAAGCUCUUGAACGCCACAGUGUUUGUGGAUCCGUACGAGGAAGCAGACGCCCAGAUUGCAGCAGAGCGAGAGAAGGAGCGGGAGAAGCAGAAGGAGGAAGCGGAGGCUCAGGGCUCUGCAGCUCAGAGGAAGGCCAAAGAGGACCAGCCCCCCAAGACCUUCCGCCCAGGCGUGGGCAAGUACAUCAACAUGGCCGCCACGAAACGCUCGGCGGGGGAGGAGGCGGGGCCUUCCACCAGCACCGCCCCUAAAAAACCGAAGAGCAAGAGCGGGGGCUUCGGAGACUUCAGCUGCUGGUGAAUCCCCUCACCUGCGCUCUGCCCCUCACCUGCGCCCUGCCCCUCACCUGACCUCUGCCCCUCACCUGCGCCCUGCCCCUCACCUGCGCUCACCUGUGCCUGGACUUUUACCUCUCAACACCAAGGGGUCAGGUGAGGUGAAUAACUGCGUUACCUGUGUAACUGGAGACUCCCUGGCUCUCUGAACCCAGGCGUUUUAUGAUCAAGGCUUUAUUGGUGAGCGCUGCGUUGCCAGGGUGAUGUGAUGUGAUUGGCAGAUGCUGUUAUGGAGAGCAGUGUCACUGGCAAACUGAGACACACCUUACUGUAACAUAUACCCGUGAUAUAAACUUGUUUUUUUUAACUUGUAUUAUUUUAGUUUUUUUACAUAGUUCCCCCCCCCCCGGUGGGUUUAUGGACAGAGACGGGGGUUCUGGAGGGAG